AUUGACUUAACCCAGUAUGGAGAGGUAGCCACCUCCUUCAACACUAGCUCAUUACUCUUCCACACUCUGCCAUGAUUACUUGCACCUUGAUGCUUGCUCCAUUGGGCAACAACUAUAGUUUUGUCUGGACACCCUGAGCUUGGGACACCCUGAGAGACUAACAACCCAUCUGAUCCUUACCAAGGACAAAUUUUGAACCUCUGUUGUUGUCAAAAUUUCUUUGACUUCCCCAAAAGGCCAUGGGAAACUCACAGAGUGGAGUGGUUUCCAGAGAGAUCCUUAAUGAUCUAAAGGUGAACACCAAGUUCUCUGAAGCCGAGAUCACACAGUGGUAUGAGAACUUCCAGAAGCAGUGUCCUUCAGGUCGCAUUACACUAAAUCAGUUCGAGGAGAUCUACAGUCGAUUCUUCCCUGACAGCGAUGCCAAGACCUAUGCCCAACACGUUUUCCGCUCCUUCGACACCAAUGAUGAUGGAACAUUAGACUUUAAGGAGUACAUUGUUGCUCUUCACAUGACCUCCUCAGGGAAGAUGGCCCUGAAGCUGGAGUGGGCCUUCUCUCUGUUUGAUGUAGACAAAAACGGCUACAUCACAAAAUCUGAAGUGUGCGAACUCUGCCAGGCCAUUUUCAAACUCAUACCCAAAGAAAAGCAUGCAGAGCUGCCCAGUGAUGAGAACACACCGGAGAAGAGAGCAGAGAAGCUCUGGGCCAUCUUUGGAAAAAAGGACAAUGAACGAAUUGCAGAGGGGGAGUUCAUUGAAAGCAUAUCAUCAAAUGAGGCUGCAUUACGGCUAAUUCAGUGUGACCAUAAAUGAGCUGACAAAAUCAUCAUGAUUAAAAUGGCAAUUCCGUCAUGCCUGAUUUCAUGGAUGUGUACAUUAAUUGUAAAUGAAUUGUGGAAGUUUUCACCAUUCUUAAUUUGUGCGUAACCAUUGUUACAAGGCUGAAUAAGAUGUCUUCUGCAAGUUUAACAGUAGAGUAACACAAUAAUAGAUAUGUGUUUUUAAAAAUAGACAUUGUAAUAAUACAUAGCAUGCAAGUUAAGGGAUAAGUAACUUUCAAAUAACCUGAAAUAAUAUGAAAAAGAUGAAGUUACGUAAAUCAUUGUUUUAAUGUGCUGUUAAAAUAGUACAACUUGGUGCCAGAAGUCUGUGUGGUAUUUGACCACAGUGCACCCUUAAAAGUGAGACUUAAAAUGCAGCACUGGUUUCAUAUCUACACUCAAUAACAAUAAUAAUAAUUUUAAGAUUUAUGUAUUUCAAUUUCAUAAUCGAGUAAUCUUUAAUAAAAAGAAAAAAUUAUUUCAAAAUGAUUAAACAAUACACAACUAAAUUUGAUGGAAUUUUGUUAUGAAAUUGAAAUGCGUAAAUCUUAAAAAUAGGCUAAAAUAUUUUUUUUGAGUGUAAAGUGCUUAAGUGAUAUUAUUGAACUAGUCAAACCCAUAUACUACCUACUCUACCCUAUGAGACAUAGUGUAAAUUCAGUUUAUUUGUCUACACACCUCAUUAUUCUAGUUCAGUUUGUCCAGUUGAUAUGCUGCUUUUGUGUCCAGUUAACAUGAAGCUCCCAGCACGUUUCAAUUAUUUGAUUAACCUCUCUAUUAUUCAUGUUUAUUUAAUUUGGAAUUUGUGUUUAUCCUUCUUUUGAUUGUUCUGUCAUAUAAAUGAUUCACAUUAAGAAACUGUGUCAUUGUAUGGUGUUAAUUUCACCCAAACACGCAUAAAAUUGCAUAUUGUAGAAUUUUGCUUGAUGUUCAUAUUGCAUAACAGUUGUGUAAAGAUGUCUUAUCACAAUGAUCUUUUUUUUUGUUUUUUUUUGUUUUGUUUUUUUAGAUUAUUUUCAGUUAGUUAUUGGUUUGAAUAUUCAUUUGCCAUCCAGGGUUUGAAAGUAUUCUAUUUCAAAAUGGGAAAAAAAAGGACAAAUAAAUCUACUACCCCACUUCACAUCAUGAC